AUGAUCGACCCUGCACACAAAGUCGGCUACUGCUUCAUAAACAAGGUUGCAUCCACCACAGUCAAGUCCAUUUUCGGGCUCCUGCUACACAUCAGCAACACGGGAAACACAGUUAACAGCUUACACAAGGCCUUUCUUGAGCAAGUCCUCACAGUCUCACACAAGACGUUUCUACAGAGGAGCAGCCAGGAGCGCUAUACAACCGCCAUGUUCGUCAGGCAUCCUUUCGAGAGGCUAGUAUCCGCUUACGUGGACAAGGCGCUAUGCCCACGUGCUGGCAAUGUCUAUUAUUACAACCGAUACUGGAACGACGUCCCUAACGUCAAGGCAACGGGCCGGAACUUGACCUUCCCGGAGUUCAUCGACUACGUACUGAAUCAGACAGUGAACCAGAUGAACCCUCAUUGGGCUCCGUACUACGUGACGUGUCAGCCUUGUACCGUCAAGUACGUGGUCGUCGGAAAGCUGGAAACAGCAAGCAGAGACUUUGCGCUGUUCUUUCGAGCGUUGGGUGCUCGGCCGGGGGACAUUCCACAGAAAAACAAGGGUGUCGACCACGGGUUCCGCAAAUCUGCCCGAGAGUUUUUUAAGGAGCUCACUUUACAUCAGGUGAUGCGUUUAUAUGAGCGGUUCUUCUUCGAUCUCGAGAUGUUCGGAUAUGGCUUCAGGGACUAUUUGCACUGA